AUGAGUAGAAGACUAUCUGCAUCUGAAAAAGGGAAAGGUUCGGUGUUACCUGCUGAACCUCCAAGAUCUGCGAGGGUAAAGGUUCCACACUUUGACCCCUCCGAGCUGGUCCACAAUCAUGCUCUAAUGUUAGUAGGAAGAAUUACUAACCCAAAGAUCCAGAAGAUGUGGGCUCUGUUACCAUUUCUUGCUGACCACUGGAAGGUAGCAACGAGACCUGUGGGUGCUGACCUGGGGCAGGGAAAGUUUCAGUACCAGUUUCAGUAA